AUGUUUUCAAAAACUCUUUCUUUAAUUAUUUUCUUAUUCCGAAUUACUCUUCCUAUUUGUGGAUUAACCGUCGAAGAGGGUGUUAAAAUAAAAGAAUUGCCAGAAUAUGCAGAAUAUUUAAGACAAAUAUCUGACAGACAUAUAAUUUCCACCACUACAACAGAAAUACCUCCACAAAAAUCUGCUAUAGGUCCCUUCGCUAAUUUUCCUUCAAUACAAUUAUGUAAAGACUCGCCUACGACAAAAGAAAAUUACUACACCCAUGUUUAUUGCUGGGUAAUGCUUCUUCUAUAUUCGCUUUUAGUACUAAGCUUGGUUAUAUAUCAAUUACGAUCAAUUGUAUGGUUAGGAACUACAAUUCCAAAGAGAAAACUGAAAAAGGAAAAUAAAGAUACUGAACUUGGAUUAAUCAAUGAACAGUUUACAGAUUACGAAAAUAUUAGAGACAAACCCACAGACAAGUCGAGUUUUCCAAGGGUGUCUAUCAUGUGAUCGACUUCCAGACUAUGCUUCCCUC